AUCAACCAGUAAGCCAUUGAGAGACUGCAGUGCCCAACGGUGAUCUUUUGGGUACAGGUAGUAUUUCUUUGUUUCAUUUGUUGAAGAAACAUAGAAGUUGAGGUAUUUGAACCCAGACUUUGACAAAAGGAGCACAAGAGUUUAACCACUAAACCAUUGAGUCUCCACAACUGUUGGAGAAUAUUUUUUGGUGGAGGUACAGUUUUUUGUUUCAUUUGCUGAAGAAACUUAAUAAUUAGGGGACUUGAAACGGUAGUUUCACGAGUGAGCACAAGAAUUCAACCACUAAGCCAUUGAGUCUCUUCAGCAUAUAGCAGAGAUUUUUGUAUAGGUCGUUUUUUGUUUCAUGUGUUGAAGAAACUUAACAAAUAGGGGACUCAAAUCCGUACACUCCCGAAGUGAGCACGAGAAUUUAACCACUAAGCCAUUGAGUCUCUGCAACAUUCAAUGAUGAUUUUUUUGGAAGAAGUAUAGUUUUUUUGUUUCAAUUGUUGAUUAAGUUUAAGGGGUUUGAUAAUGGACUUUUACAGAGUGAGCACGAGAACCACUAAACCGUUGAGACUCUGCAACAUUUGAUGGUGAUUUUUUUUGGUUUAGGUAGAAUUUCAUUUGUUGAAGAAGCUUAGAAGUUGAGGGAUUUGAAGCCAGAAUUUGACGAAGUGAGCACAAGAGUUUGACCACUAAACCAUUGAGUCCCUACAGCAUUUGACAAUUAUUUUUUUGGGUAGAGUUUCUUUGGUACGUUUGUUGAAAAACCUAUAUUAGGGGACUUGAAACCAUUCUUUCCCAAUGUCAGCACAAGAGUUUAACCACUAAACCAUUGAGCCGCUACAGCGUUUGGUGACAAUUUUUUGGGUGGAGGUAGAGUUUCUUUGUUUCAUUUGUUGAAUUCAACAACUAAGCUACUGAGUCUCUAGAUCGUUUGGCGGUGAUUUUUUGGUAGAGGUAGAGUUUCUCAGUUUCAUUUGUUGAAGAAAUUGGUGAACCAGGACAUUUACAAAGUGAGCAUAAGAGUUCUACCAAAUUCUGAGAACAAUACCAAAAUUACUACAUCAAACAUUUAUCACAGGGGUUGGACUUUUCCACUUAAUUCAAAUCAGUUUAAUCACAUUAGACAAAGAACACAGCAGAUGUGGUGUUUCAGGCAUCAAACUCAUAUUUAGUACUUGAAAGUAUUGGUUUAUCCCAACUGGAUCACUAUACAGUCCUUCUGGUAUAUUUGAGUUCAUUUUGGGGGUCAAAGAGUGCAUUAGGUGUUGUAGAAAACACAAAGCUCUAGGCUUGAACUCUGACAUGUUUGGCACAGUGUUCAACUGAGUCAGUGUUCAGCAGAUGGGCCAGAGUUCUCAAUAAUUAUAUAUCAGAAUCAAUAAGAAAGACAAGAAAACUUAAAUUCCAGAAUUUUUAAAGUAAAAUAUUAAAUAUAAUCAAAGAAUCUUGUGUCUAAACAAAAUUAAAAUACUGGCAAUAUUGACCUGCACAUCACAGAAAUGGUGGACAAACAAAAGUGUUUUAUUAUUUUUACACAACCAUAGAAUUUUGUGCUGUAAUGCAACUCGUUAAUGUUGUCACAUAUUUAAUGCAGGGCACAUAAAAGCAAAGCAAAUGUUUUGCGUGUUUGUGUAGCAGGACAAGUGUGGUAACUCAAAGCCACUUGUGGAGUCAGUGUGACCUGCAUUCUCAAAGUGUCUGGGUACAGCUGGACACAACUAAAUAUAUCCUCGAGGACCUUUAAAAACAAACUCAGUCUGUUUGCAGUCUGCACUGCCUGGAUCACGAUAUUGUGUCUGAUCGAUUAUUUAAACUUUCUCACCGAUUGACAAGUAAGCAUCUGCUAAACACAAGUCUGAAGAUCCCUAGAGAGUUUUGCUUUCAUGUUCUCGUAACCUCUGAAACACAAUGGAGUACAUUGAGCAGAUGGAUGAAGGUCAGCUGGUUGAGUAUGCCAUUCAAAUGAGUCUUCAAGAUUCACGCAGCACUUUAGAAACAGCCAGUGAUGAAAAUCUGAAGAUUUUAUCAGCAAUAGAUGAAGGCGAUGUGUAUGAACUGAGAAAAAUGCACAAAAACAGCGAUGCCUUCAAGGAAAGAGACGGCAGAGAUUGGCUCCCUUUGCACAGAGCAUCUGUCCAGCCAGAUGCUGAGGUGCUGGAGACCGUCCUCAUGGCAUCCUACGAGCUCACCAUGGAGGAGACGACGGGCAACGGAGAGACCCCUCUGACUUUGGCUUGUCAAGAAGGACACGUGGAGAAUGUGAAGGUUUUACUCCAACACGGAGCGUCCCCGCACAACACCAACAGCAGGAACGAGACUCCACUUCUGCUGGCUGUGAGGAGAAGCUCUUACGAGAUGGUUCACGCACUGAUAAUGGGCGGAGCCUUCGUGGAGCAGCUGUGUUUGAAGAAAUGGACGGCCACCCAUGAGGCAGCCAAGGUGGGUUGUGCCGACAUUAUGAUGAUGCUACUGAGAGACGGAGGAAAGAUCAUGGGUCGCGACGGGCACGGGGUCACACCGCUGGGCAUCGCCGCCGAGUACGGUCAACCUGAAGUACUAGACAUCCUUAUUCAAAAUGGGGGCGAUGCAACCGCACAAGCCACAAACGGAGACAGUGUUUUAUAUGAUGCUGCGGGCUCUGGGAACCUGGACUGUAUUCAUCUGCUCUUACAGCACGGUGCUUGCCCCAACGUAGCAAGUCUUUGCUAUCAAUUGCCUAUUCACCGUGCAGCCUACGAAGGGCACUACCUGGCCUUAAGGACCCUCAUUCCCAUCACCACCAAGAGGGCCAUCCGUCUUUCUGGAAUGAGUCCGGUCCAUUCUGCGGCAGACGGCGGCCACGUCGACUGUCUAGAGCUGCUGAUCGAGAGGGGCUUUGACGUCAACCCCAUCCUAAGCCCCCACAUCUCAGAGAACUACGGCGACAUGAGGAAGACGCCGCUAUAUUUCGCCGUCUGCAAUGGUGAUGUCACCUGCACCGAGAUGCUUCUGAACUCAGGUGCCAAGACGGAGCUGGACCCGCUGUGCUGCCUCCUAGUGGCGGUCCGAGCUGGAAAAUAAGAGCUGGUGCGGCUGCUUCUGGCACACGGGGCGGAUGUCAACUGCAUCUUUAAUGUCGUAAGCGACACAAUGUUUCCCACGGCCUUACAGUACUGCCUCAAGGAUGAAAUGAUGCUGCGGAUGCUCCUUAACAACGGUUACCAUGCAGAAAGCUGUUUUGAAUGUUCCCACGACAACCCUGUGAGGAGAUACACGUGGGUGGAGGUUCACAGCCAGUCGUACAAAAUCAGGAGCAAUUCCAACAAAGUCACAUUUUGUGAGUUCAUAAACGUGGCGUGGAUGGCACACUUGGCAGGGAGGGUCGUCCAAACUCUCCUGGAUUACGUGAAUCGCGUGCACAUCUGCAGCACCCUGCAGCGGAACCUGGAGAAACAGGAGGAGUGGGACGACAUCUGUGACAUUCUCAGAAACCCACGUCGGCUGAAGCAUCUGGCCAGGUUGGUCAUCAGGAGACAGAUGAUGCUGAGAAGACUGAAUGAUCCAGAGUUCAUGAGCAUGGUUCCUUUUCCACCAGCACUGAAGAACUUCCUGCUUUACAAAGAAUAUGAUAUUUAUGGACAAAUGGUAGAAAACUAG